AUGCAGCAAUUAAGAAGUGGUGAGGCCGCGAAGGUCGCAGGCUUCAUUAUUGCCUCCGCUGCGGCAGGAAUCCUCCUCAGGAGCCUCCUCCUGCGUUAUAAUAGAUGGUUUGAAAAGGACAGUAGGUCGGGGGGAAACUGUUUUUUUGGAAGUAAACCGAAUCCCACAAUUCGCCCGGUACCGGCUCUGAGAAGGCGCGGGUUUACAAGGGAGGAACUUGGGGAAUACGAUGGCGCCCGCAAGAGUGAUAUUUACAUGAGUGUCAAAGGUGUGGUGUAUGAGGUGGCACCGCAGCUUUACGGUCCAGGGCAGCCGUACCAUGUCUACGCCGGGCAUGAGGUCUCGCGCUGCCUCGCCAAAUCCGACUUGACGGGGCAGGAGGCGAACAAGGAUUGGACGCACGGCUGCAGCAAGGAGGAAAUGGAGGCGUUGGAUUGGUGGGCGAACAAGUUUAAUUCGAAGUACCCUGUGGUGGGGUGGUUUGUGCCUGACGAGGACUUCUACACAGGCGCAGAAGAUAACACCCAUCCGUCUCUGUGA